GCAACUUUGGGGAAUAUGACUUCUCAAAUUAAAAAUAAUAUAACAAUUAAAAGAAUAAUUGAUACAAAUGCUGGAUUUAUAUUGGAAGAAAAUGAAUUAAAUGAUGGCAAUACUGUCGAGAAUAACAUUCUACUCAAUUUAAAGGAAAAACCUAAUCCAUUGUCCAUAAUUGAUGCUCAAAUAUGCAUAGAUUGUGGCAAAAAAUUUCGAGAUUCAUACUUAUACAAUACCUUUGACUAUUCAAUAUGUGAUGGAUGCAAAGAUAUGAAAGAGAAACAUAAGUUAAUUACUAAAACAGAAGCCAAAACAAUGUAUAUUCUAAAGGAUUGUGAUCUGGAUAGAAGAGAACCACUAUUGAAAUGCAUCUUAAGAAAGAAUCCACAUAAUUUAAAAUGGGGUACCAUGAAAUUAUAUUUAGAAAUACAAGUAAAAGAAAGAGCAUUAAUUGUUCAUGGCAAUGAAGAAAAUUUAAAUCAAAAUAUGGUUUUGAAAUCUCAAAAAUCACAGAGUAUGAGAACCAAAAAAUAUCAAAAACGUUUGAAGGAACUUAGGAUGGAGGUCAGGAGCUCGAUUUGGAAGAGACCAACCAAAAUUGACAAUCAAUUAUGUUUGACCCAACAACAUAAAUACGUUUCUCUUGAGGAUAACAUUAAAAGUUCAAGCUUAGAAAAAGAACGUAAUAAAGAAGUCGAUUCUUUUAACAUUCAAGAAAGUGAAGAUGUUUUCGUUAAAAAAAUUUGCCAGGUGUGUGGUCAUUCUGCUAAUGUUGAAAUCUUAUAAUUAUUUGAUUUUGAUAUAGUUUAAUAUUUAAUGUAAAGUAAAUAUAGUAUAAUAAUUUUUUUAGAGAAUUAUAAUUUAUUGGAUUAAAAUUUAAUGUUGGUUAUAUUGCACAAUUUUAAAUGUACCUACACUUUGUUAAAUA